GUCGAAACGGGAGGGAGCGAGAAGCCAUACAAAAACGGCAUUAAUCCACCGUGAUUCCAGCUACUUUGUUCUCCACCUCCUCCCACCGCUUCGUUCCUUUCAAGUCUCCGAGGGCGACCCUCUCUCUUCUUCUUACUCCAGCUCCAGUCCUGUAUUGGUAGUUAUUGGUGAGUGCUACGUUGCUAGUGUGGGGUGUGGCAGCACUGCACUCCACUGCACGGCGAAGGCCGAGCACGGUGGUUCGUGUGAGUGGCAUGAGGACCGGGGGGAUGCUGUGCCGGUCACAGGCGGCGACGGCGGUCUGUGUGCCGGGGGACGCACGGUCCAUGGUCGUCGGGCGCCGCGCCGACCGGACAAUCGCCGAGGACGCGCGCACCCUGCACGACGUCAGGUACGUGCGCCUUGGUGGCGACGGAGCCGGCGCCGCGCGUGUCUCGUCCAGGCAGGUGGCGCCGCCCCAGCCGCCGCCCAUGCCGAGGAGGCGCGGAGCGCCGGUGGCCGUGACGCUGCCGAUGGUGACCAAGAGCCCCGUGGAGACGCCGGCGAGGGACACUGCGGCGGCUAAGCGGACAUCCGCCACUCCUACAGCGGCCGUGGCACCCGGCGAGCAAGUCCUCCAAGUGGUCGUGAUGAAGGUGGCUAUACACUGCCAGGGGUGUGCAGGGAAAGUGAGGAAGCACAUCUCCAAAAUGGAAGGGGUGACAUCGUUCAGCAUCGAUCUAGAGAGCAAGAAGGUGACGGUGAUGGGUCACGUGUCCCCGGCGGGUGUCCUCGAGAGCGUCUCAAAGGUCAAGAAGGCUGAGCUGCUGAUGUGAAUCUCCUCAUCAUCCAUCCUACCCAGCAUGAAGUAUUACUACUAGCUGAAUUUGGAAAAGAAAAGAAAAGACACUUCUCACCGGCUGACAAUGGGAUCCACCAAAAGAUAAAUAAACUCAAGCUUAGUAUUUGUAAGGAUUUGUACUACAUGGCCCAUUGGUAAACUUAAUUCGCUUACUGAACCCCAUAAAACUUAUAUCGGAA